CGGCGCGACGGAAUGGAUUUAUUUUGAAAAGUAUUGACCGGAAGCGGGGUGUGUUUGGAACACGGCGCAUUCUUAGGGGCGCGGUGCAAAUCCUGUAAUCCACGAAAUAACGGACUCUGUUCGCAGCGAACUUGACCACGAUGAACAGUGCAGCCGUGUACCCGCCUCUCGCCCCCCCCGCCAACAUGCCCGGCUACGAGGGCAUGGGUCAAGGCGCAGGUGGCUUCCUGCCGCCCCCCAUGCCCAUGCAGCCCAUCGCCCCUCCCCAACCGGUGCCUGAGCCCGAAGACUGGCAGAUCCCGUCAUUGUCGGAGGACGCCGCCCGCCAAGCCUUCAAGGACUACGCCGGCUCCAAAUGUUGCUACAGCGAGGGGCCCGCCAAGGAUGGCGUCAUCACCCAGAUGGAGCCCCUGAACACAUACCGGUACCGCCUGGAGACCUACGUGGAGUCCAGAUCCACCGAAUGGGCCCACAAACCUCACAACGGUGAGGUGGGAGACUUCUACACGCAGACGGCCCCCCAGCCCUGGGAGGUCCAGGCCACGCCCCCCAACCUCUUCGCCAAUGGCAAAGAAUUGAUCCGUGUGCCCUACACCUCCACUGUCAAGGACUGCCACGACUGCAACGGCGCGGGCAACAAGGCGUGUGACAAUUGCCAUGGGAGUGGAUAUAAAACGUGCAGCCUGUGUAAGGGGUCCGGCAGCCACAACGAGGGCGGCUGUAUCCGCUGUGACUCUACAGGCAAAGACAAGUGCUCCGAGUGCGACGCCCGGGGCAGCAAGAAGUGUGAGACGUGCGAGGGGAAGUGCCGACUGCUCUCCUUCAUCCAGCUGACGGUGGAGUGGACCAACCAUGUGGAGGAUCACAUGGUGGAGCAGGACUGUGCUCUCACCAAGAAGGACCUGAGCUCCGUCAGCGGGAAGGAGCUCUUUAAGGACAGCCACUACCUGGUGUAUCCACUCCUGGGCUUCCCAAACCCGGCCAUCUGCCAGGCGUCCGAGCGCCUGGUGCGCGAACACCAGAGCAAGUACGGCCAGACCUCCAGGAUCCUGCAGCAAAGGCAGACCGUGGAGUUGAUCCCCAUCACCCGAGUGGGCUACAAGUGGAAAGGCGACUCUCACGUCUACUUCGUGUACGGCAACGAGCAGCUGGUCAGCAGCGACUAUCCUGCCACCUGCUGCUGCGUCAUCCUGUAAACGCAGGACGCCGUGCGUCUUCCUCCCCUCCUGCCCCCCCCCGAGCGAGCGGGGAAGCGGAGCCCGUCCGCACGAGGAAGUCGCCCAAGUGUGGCCGUCUUGAAAUGGCCUUUAUAAAUUGGUAACCCGCCACUUUGGUUCCGUUGUAGUCCAAAGGCACCAUUUGGAGCAGGAGGGGGACUCAUACGGCCCCGUUCUGCGCGAUUUACCCGACACGAGAAACGUGACGAAUUCACUUUAUCCGCCAGAGUGUGUAAUAUCUCAAAAUGUGUAGUGUGGCAAUUCCAACUUUGACUACUAUGUAGAGUGCAUUGCAAAGUGAUCUCUUCCUCUUACGCGAGACCCGUAUGAAUCCCUUCCCUUGUACGGUAUCUGUCUUUUUCUGUCCAUAAUCGUCCUUCUUGUCUGUCGGCAGGAAGGGGACUCAUACGGACCCGUCCGGCGCUAUUUACCCGACACAUGAAACGUGACAAAUUCACUUCAUCCGCCAGUGUGUAAUAUCUCAAAAUGUGUAGUGUGGCGAUUCCAACUUUGACUACUAUGUAGAGUGCAUUGCAAAGUGAUCUCUUCCUCUUACGCGAGACCCGUAUGAAUCCCUUCCCUUGUACGGUAUCUGUCUUUUUCUGUCCGUACUCGUCCUUCUUGUCUGUCGGCAGGAAGGGGACUCAUACGGGCCCGUCCGGCGCGAUUUACCCGACACGUGAAACGUGACAAAUUCACUUUAUCUGCCAGUGUGUAAUAUCUCAAAAUGUGUAGUGUGGCAAUUCCAAUUUUGACUACUCUGUAGAGUGCAUUGCAAAGUGAUCUCUUCCUCUCACGCGAGACCCGACCAAGAACGGGGCCGUAUGAAUCCUUUCCCUUGUACGGUAUCUGUCUUUUUCUGUCCAUAAUCGUCCGACUUGACUCUCGGCUGGAAGGGGACUCAUACGGCCCCGUUCGGCACAAUUAACCCGACACAUGAAACGUGACAAAUUCCCUUUAUCCGCCAGAGUGUUUAAUAUCUCAAAAUGUGUAGUGUGGCAAUUCCAAUUUUGACUACUAUGUAGAGUGCAUUGCAAAGUGAUCUCUUCCUCUCACGCGAGACCCGCCCAAGAACGGGGCCGUAUGAAUCCUUUCCCGUGUACGGUAUCCGUCUUUUUCUGUCCAUAAUCGUCCUUCUUGUCUGUCGGCACAAAGAACUCUACCUCUCACUCUGAGACCACUAUGCUACUUUCACUUUCACUUCGUCAUACAUCAGCCUUAACUUACCACUGAUAUACGCUUGACUUUGUUUUGGGGCCUUCAACAUUUUUCAAAGGGUGCAUACGAGACACAUGUCUGCAUGACUCGUGUCAAAGGGCAUUUUCCCAACAUCUCUCAGGUGUGUCGACAAAGUCUUCAUCCGUUUUUUCAGUGAAGCGCUCAUUACUUUGUUUCUUUUCACCGCAAAGUUACGAACCUGAUGAUGUAUUUGAUGAAUUACUAAUAACCAUGCUUUUAUUCCCAUUGUUUGAAAGAAAUAAAAGUCCAUAUAUCCAU